UCCUCGUCCGGCGGUUCCAUCUCAAUCCUUCCCGCCUCAACCCUUCUCGCAAAGGCUCGCUCCCUCACUGUUGCUCCCAGGCAACCUCGGCAGAUCUUGUUUCUUGCGCAGACCUUGUGCACAGGUAGCUUCACUUUCUUGGUGGGCAACUCUGACCAAUUCUUGAGCUUGCAAAGGCAGAUAGAGGAGUCAUGGUAGGCGUCUCUCGGAGCAUGUCAGCCAUCCCGCCGGAGGAGCUGCCCAUCCUUGAGUCGCUCAUCAACAUUAGAAACCGCCUCACGGCUCUCAAGAAGAACUCCUCUGAUUACAUCCGGGCUCAAGAUGUCCAAAAUCUGUAUCAAGCGGUGAUCAAGCAAGUGUCCAAGCUAAACAACAUAAGAGAUGAAAGAGAUUCGAACGAAGGCAUACGCCAGGCUCCGUCCUCCGCUUCUGGAGCGGCAGGAGACGUACAGGACCCUCUUUCUCCUUCGGCAAAGGCAUCAUCUUCUUCCGCUGCCACUAGUACGAAUCCCCUUCGGCCCGAAGUUGAACCGUCUGCGAUUCAAACCAACAGGGUAGACACGACGCUUCAGGAUGUCUUCAGUUUACUCAGCCUCUUCUUUCUCACCAUCGGCAAGAGCAGAGAGACGCCAGCAACCUUCAGUCAGCUCGGCAGUAUGAAGCAACUACUUGAUCAUCUCGCCGAAUCAGGAAUCUAUACCGAGACUGAUCUCCAGCCUUUCGCAAAGCGAUUGUCGGAGCUCCGAGAGAUCAUUCGAAGGGACACAGAACAAGGCAAGCAUCCCACGCAGCUGACUAAGCUUAUGAUGCGUAAACUGGAAGGUUGCGAGAAAGUCCUUCAGCAGUUGCAAGGUACUUUGUCGGUACUCUCCGUCGAGCUUGUGCCUAUCCAUCAAAAGCUGGUCUCGAUCAGAAGGCAGAUAGCAGCCGCUGCUGCCAAGCUGAAGCCAGCGCGAGGAGAAAUUCGUAAAUUACAGGACGAGCUCCGAGCCAUCGACUCGAAGAGGGUUGACGGAAAGUUCUUGGGACCAGGAGGUUCUUCGGUACCCGCAGGUCAGGCUAUCUUGGUCGGUCUCCUCGAGGAGUGCUUCGAGAUCUGCCACGACGCAAUCAUCCGCAACGAUGAAGUUCCAAUGACUCUCCAACCCAUCUACGAUCGACUGACCGAGAUCAAAUCGCAGCUCGAGCAUCUCGUCUUGACGCACCGAUGGACCCUGCGCGAAACCGACCUCUGGAAUUACCAAGUGACUCUCAAGGAGAUUGACCGCUUGAGGGUCGAUGGCAAAUUUGUUGAUGCAGAGGGAAAACAACCGGAGGGUCAGCUUGUCCUGCUAUAUCUAUUGAGGCGGUGCUAUGGCCUCGUAUAUCGUCUCGUGGCGAGCAGCGAGCCAAUCAGCGAGGAGUUGAUGCCUAUCUCGAACAAGCUAUCAACGGUGUCGAAAUGUUUGAAGGAGGUGUCCAAAUACGGCGGCCCAUUUACGAUGCGUGACCUUUACCCCUAUCGUCUGGCGCUACAUCAAAUCGACAAUAUGAAGUCUCCGGUCCUCGAUAAAGAUGGCAACGACACCGGCGUAAAGAAGUGGCUGGGGAGGGAUGGCUCUGUACCAGAAGGGCAAGCAAUCCUCAGAGCUCAGUUCGAAGAGGUUGAGCAAACUAUCAACGAGAUGCUCAAUCGUGAGGAAGACUCUGACGAUGAAGAGGAGGAUUACAAUGGCGCAGUGUCCGAUGAAGAUUGGCAGUCUGGUGAUUCGGGCUCAUUUUCGGAUGAAGCUGAGGACUCUGCCUCUGGGUCGGAGGCGGCUGCUAGCGGCUUUCCAUCCCGAGAUCUCUCCCUUCCCGGUAGCCCGACAGGCAUGGAAACCGGCCCCCAUGCGACUUUGAGUAUCGCCAGCGCCUUGCAGGGAGUCGGGCGCGGGCCGCCAACACCAGCCAGCCCAGCUACGGGCUCUCCCAACCUGCUCAGACCUGAGAGUGGCACAGCCAGUAUCGCGGCCCUGGACAUGCCACCUUCCGUCACAGCACCCACCUCUGCCGCCCUACUGAAUGCCUCUGACCCACUCCCUCCGGGAGCUGCAACUCUGGCGGUCCCGACACCUGCUCAAAGUUCCUUGACCGCUGCUGCCGUCUCCUUGGAAGCGAUGAACUCUGCCAACCCGCCUGUGGGCGGAUCGCCUUCGCCUCUACCUACACGCGAUUCCACACUAGGCAGUCACGUGCUCCCUCCAACGGCGCCUGCCACAGCUGCUUCAGGAUCAGCGUCGCCGAGCAAAAGCACAGAGUCCGCCACUUCGGGAUCGAUGGUUGCGUCUGCGAGUGCAAUAGCGGUCGAGCCAGCACCUCAUGCUCAUGAAGGGCUCCCUACACAGACUCCAGUCUGCCAUCAUUCUGCAGACGGCAUCGAAUUUGGAUCAUCGCCCGGUUCGAUCGACAUGGCAAACAAAGAGGACAUCGCCCAGCAGUUAAAGGCGAAGUUGGCAUUGGAGGAAUCAUGAUCCGACAGACAGAUGAGGAGGUUGAUUGGCGGCGAGGCUCACAUUCCGGGCUUCUGAUGUCUUCCAGACUGUACUAUCAUUCUUUCAUCCAUGCAUCACCUCUCGUUGUAAAAGCAAGACUCUGUUAUCUGCAGUGCGAAACGGUUCUCACAGAAAGA